AUGGCAAAGUCAGCGUCCUACGGCGGAGAUGGCAGCCUCUUUGACAUUCCGAGACGGUACUUGGAGUCGUUGGACGCGCAGAACGACGGUGUGUUUGAUUUGCAAACACCUUCGGAGGCUUUAGUGGUAGAGCCAGUUGCACCACUAAAGCCAUGUACAUUAGGGGUGGUUAAUUCAUCAUCCAAAUCUUCUUCUUCAACAGAACUUGCUGUUGAUUUUGAUCAGGAGAACAACACAAAAUCAGAUGAUGGUCAAGAACAGUAAGAAGAAAAGUCUAAACGUGAGUUGAAGGCCAAAAAUAGUAACCCGAAAAAACAAUGGGAACAAAGAUUUGCAUUCUUGACUAAGACUGAAGAUGACUACUUGGAAGACGGAUAUAAAUGGAGAAAAUACGGUAAAAAAGCCUUACAAAAUAACUAUUUUCCAAGGACUUACUAUCGUUGCACUAGUGAGUCAUGUGGAGUGAAGAAGAUAACUGAAAGGUCACUAGAGGAUCUAUCGAUACUCAUCACAACUUAUGAAGGUACUCAUACACACCCAUGUCCCAUUACCCAUCCCGAAAUCAUGCCGCAAACAGCCACUUUUGGUGGUCGACGCGCGGGUGGCUCGGCUUCUUCAUUGCUUGUACCUCCACUUAAUUACCCUUUAAACUUCAACCUCACCAACAAUAACACAACCACCACCAGCACCUCCACCACUGCUUUUCCAUCGUAUGACUUUCAAGAAGGACGAUACUGCUCUUCUCCUUUGCCAUCUUAUGAACAUAGAGAUAAUGGACUUCUACAAGACAUAAUAAAACCCUUUCUGGUCAGUAAAGAGGAAUCCUAA